CCGACGGGGGUGGCUUUGGAGGCCCUAUGUUGUGCGGCGAGCUGGUGAACGGCGGCCUCGCGAGUGCAGGUGCUGUCACGGUACCUUGCGGAUUGCUCGGACUCUGGCUGCCGGGCUGCCUUAGGGCCGGCUUGAGUCCAAGGCCACAGACGGGCUCGCCCUACCUGCCCAUCCUGGCGGAGCUCCUCGCCGCCGAGCUUUGGCCGCACUCGCAGAUGGAGCUCGACGAGCAGCAGCUCGACAAUCGGGGCGGACUCAACGAGCUCGAGCUGCGCUUCGAGGACGAGAUCGACGAGGACGUGCUGCUCGAGAAUGGGCUGCUCUCCUUCGAGAAUCCCAACUACCAUCUGGAUCCGGCACGGCUGGACGAUGCCCUGAACAGUAAUGAAAACGGCAGUUCCCUCUACGAUGAGCUUUAUCAGGAGCUUGUGGGCAGCGGAGGUAGAGGCGGCGGUAGCGAGCUGACGAGCAACACGAGGGUACAGGGACGCCACACCUACCCAGCCCUCGACAUCGGCAGCAUGGGUGUCGAUGUAAGCCAGGGCCCGUUGAUUCACGACCCCAUGAGCCUCGACGCGUCCGACAACAGCGAGAAUCACAAUCACGGGUGCGGCGGUGGCGAGGGUGGGAUCAUCGCCGAGUCAAGUCUGAUCGACGACACCCUCAACGGGAAUCCCCACUCGGAGAUCCCGAGGGCCGAGGAGCGGCCGGCGCCGAGGCAGGCGCCCGCCACCGACGCCCCCGACGACGACAACGGCGACACCAUUGUCAGAAACUACUGCGAGAAGCCCGAAAGUGUAACGACAGAGAUGGGCGGUGUGCCACACGUGGAGGGGAUAAAUAACGAGCUGUACACGAGUCUCCCGGUGAAGCGACGUCAACCCAAAGACAAAAGCCAACAGCACUUGCAGAACAAUAUCGGGAACCCGGACAGGGGGUUGCACGAAAAUUCCAUCGACUCCGAGGACAAGGAUGAGAAUUUGCCACCUGGUUGGGAGAAACACGAGGACAAAGAUGGCCCGUAUUAUUGGCACAUCAAAAGUGGCACAAUUCAACGAGAGCCACCAGAGGCUCGUAUUUCAAAAGUCGAGUCACGUAGAAGCUUCGUUAAAGAUAACGAUAGCAUAAACAACUUCAACUCGCUGGGCUGCCUAGUCAACACAGUGACGCGAAGUAACACAAGUUCCGCUUUGGACCAAGAGCUCGAGAACAAGAGGAAAGAGGAGCUAGCGUUAAAGCGAAGGAGUUAUCCGGCGCGUGCGGACUCGGAAGACAGGAAUAAGCCAAUAAGGUUCGCGGUUAGAUCGCUUGGCUGGACGGAAAUCGCAGAGGAAGAUCUCACGCCGGAAAGGAGCAGCAAGGCUGUCAACAAGUGUAUUGUCGACCUGUCACUCGGUCGGAACGACCUGCUUGAUGUCGUCGGUCGAUGGGGCGAUGGUAAAGAUUUAUUCAUGGAUCUGGACGAAGGGGCUUUAAAGUUAAUCGAUCCCGAAAAUCUUACGGUUCUCAAUACACAGCCAAUUCAUACCCUACGAGUUUGGGGUGUUGGACGAGAUCACGGAAGAGAAAGAGAUUUCGCUUACGUAGCGAGGGAUCGUACCACGCGGAAGCACAUGUGCCACGUGUUCCGUUGCGACAUACCGGCCCGCACGAUCGCCAACACGCUGCGUGACAUCUGCAAGAAGAUAAUGAUCGAGCGCUCGUUGCACCAGAGCCUGGCCAAACCCGUGGACGUGAACGGCCGAACGAGUCUCGCUGCGAGACCCACGAACCUGCCCACCGAGCACAGACGCUUCCAUAAAAACGGCCAGGCCCUCGUCACGCAAUCCUUCCCAACGCCGAUGGAGGAGCCAAAAAAGGUACUGCGAGCCCAGUAUCUUGGAUCGAUGCAAGUAUCCCAGGCAACGGGCAUGGACGUCCUCAAUUACGCUAUAGACCAGAUUGUCGGCAAUACUCCCAUCAACCAGUGGCGAAACGUUAAUGUUGCCGUAGCGCCCAGCAUGAUUUCCAUACUCACACCCAACGAUGACAAGUUGAUAACCGAGUGCCGAGUGCGCUACCUGUCGUUCCUCGGCAUCGGCCAGAAUGUCAAGCAGUGCGCCUUCAUCAUGCACACUGCCCAGGACCUUUUCAUCGCCCAUGUUUUCAAUUGCGAACCCAGCAGCGGGGCCCUCUGCAAAACUAUCGAGGCCGCGUGCAAGCUGAGGUACCAAAAGUGUCUGGACGCCCAUCCCCCGGGUUUCCGGAACGCGAGCAGCGUUAAUACACCGAGCAGUCGUGGCAUCGGCGCCACCCUCAAGUCCUUCGUCGGCUCGAUCACCGGCCGUAAGAGCAAGCAGAACGAGUCCUGAGACGAGGCUCUCUCGCUCCAGGAACUCUGGCCACUACCUGCCGAGCGAGAGGUCAUCAGACACAGGCAUUUGCAAUCUCCCCUGACCCUCGAGUACUUUGGAGGAUCGCCGCCGAGUGCCUCGCUCAAAUCCUUGCUCUCGCCCUCAUUGGACACGAGGCGCAUUCAGCUCGCUCGCUGGGAAAACAGCAAAUCUUAAGAAUCGCUCGCCUACACGUUGGUCCAUACGACGACGGCUUGCG